AAGCCGAAAGAGAAAAGGCCUGAUCCAUGUCCCAUUAACCCUGAUUUUCUUGUUUCAUAGCCAACUUCCCGCCACUACAGGGUGAAACCGCCCACGCCUUGCGUCGGAUCUAUAAAUAUCCCACCGACGCCUUCUUUCUUCAAUCGCUUGUUAUAUCCUUUUGCGAGAACGCGUACCCAAGGAAAAACAAAUUUGCAGACAAACAAUGAAGGUCGGUGUAAACAGAGAGAGAGAGAGGAGAGACCUAGAAAAUCCGAGAGAGAGUGAGAGGCAUCUGAAUACUAGAGAAUUAGGGCGAAAAUAGAUAGAGACGGGUCCUGACCAGUGAUUUCGGAAUCCUAGAGAAUUAGGGCAAAGAUAGAGAGAGACAGGGGCCUGACGAAUGGUUUCUGAAUCAUAUAGAAUUAGGACAAAGAUAGAGAGUAGAUAUCCGAGCCCUAGAAGGCAAAUUAGGGGAAAAAUAUCAGAGAAAUAGGGCAAAGAUAGAAAGAGAUCUCUGAGUCCUAGAAAAUUAGGGCAAAGAUAUAUCGAGAGAGGGGGAUUGAGGGAGGGGGUCUGAAGAAGCGAAAAAGAUUUGGGUAAAGGAGAGUGAGAAAGGUCUGGAGAAAUUAGGGCAAACAGAGAAGCUGGAGAUAGAGAGAGAGAGUGAUUUAUUGAGGGAGGACAGUAGGGCAAAUUCUGUAUUGCAGUGACUAAACUUAAGGAUCACUGGAGGCUGAUAUAGAGAGAGUAAGGGGUUUGGGAUAUUAGGGCGAACACCGUGUUGCAGGAGCUGUUGUCCGAAGGAUAACUUGACCAUUCGAGACAGAGAGAGAAAUGAGUCCUGAAGAAUCACUGGAAUAUUGGGGGCACUAGGGCAAACACUGGAUUGCGGGAGUUGCCAGCUGAAGGAGAGAAAGGGACUAGUUGCAUUGGGGAGAUUUGAGAAAUUGGACAAACAUUGGGGAGAUUUGGGAAAUUGGACAAAACACUGUCAUUUGGUGAUUGGAGAUUUGUGUAAAUUAGGGCAAACGCUUCCAUACCAAGGUAGAAUCUGUGUGACAGGAGUUAUUAGCUACAGGUCACCCAAUUGGGUCUUGAUUAGAGAUCUGGUUGAAUUAGUGAUUUGGAGAUUUGGGUCUUGAUUAAGGCAAACACUGCCGAAUCUUUGCUAAGAUCAAGGUCACCGGGAACCUGUGUUCCUAGGGCCCUUUGCUUUCUAAGGAUUUACAUAAAAUUGGAGACGAGAGAAAGGGGCUGUUGUCUUUAGAAGCAGACGAGAGAAAGGGGCUGUUGUCUUUAGAAGCAUCAUAAUCGGAGCAUUUCAGGUAGAGAGGGAGGGGAUUAUUAUUUCGAGGUUCACUAGUUUACAGAGAAAGAUGACGGAGAUGCAUUGCCCAGAGUGCAAGACUCAGACAGAGGUGGUGUUUGACCAUUCGGCUGGUGACACAGUGUGUUCAGAGUGUGGAUUGGUUUUGGAGGCACACUCCAUUGAUGAGACCUCAGAGUGGAGGACUUUUGCGAAUGAGAGUGGCGACACCGACCCAGUUCGUGUCGGGGCUGCAUACAACCCACUGCUCAGUGAUGGGGGCCUCUCAACUGUGAUUUCAAAACCCAAUGGUGCACAGGGUGACUUCCUCUCUUCAUCUCUUGGUCGAUGGCAAAAUCGUGGCUCCAACCCUGAUCGCUCCCUUAUCCAAGCUUUCGGCACCAUAGCUGCCAUGGCUGAAAGGUUGGGACUUGUUCCGACCAUCAAGGAUCUGGCAAAUGAGAUCUAUAAAAAGGUGGAAGAUCUAAAGUCUGUGAAAGGAAGAAACCAGGAUGCAAUUUAUGCAGCUUGCCUGUAUAUUGCUUGUCGGCAAGAGCAAAUGCCUCGCACUGUGAAAGAAAUAUGCUCAGUUACCAAUGGGGCGUCAAAGAAGGAAAUUGGUCGAGCCAAAGAACACAUUGUGAAGCUGCUUGAGGUAGAGACGGGUAAAUCGAUGGAGAUGGGAACAAUUCAUGCUGGUGGUUUUAUGAGACGUUUCUGUUCCACUCUCAAUAUGACAAAUCAGGAGAAGAAAGCUGCCUCAGAAGCUGUUGUGAAAUCGGAAGAGCUUGAUAUAAGGAGGAGCCCUAUAUCAAUUGCAGCUGCUGUCAUUUACAUGAUAUCCCAGCUAUCAACAGAUGCCAAUAAGAUCCAGCUCAAAGUUGCAGAUAUCUCGAACGCAACUGGGGUAGCAGAAGGCACAAUCAGGAAUGCCUACAAGGAUCUCUAUCCCCAUGCUUCAAAAAUCAUACCCGAUUGGUUUGCCAAGGAAGAUGACCUCAAGAACCUAUCCAAUCCUUAAGCAAGAUAGAUAAUGCCUUUCUUAUGAGUUGGACAUAUACUGCAGUAAUCAGGUAAAAUACUUGCCCUGGGACAAAACCUCUUUGUUGAGCUGUGUAUAUACAUGAACCUCUCCAUCAAUGUCUUCCAUUGCAGAUAGUUCUCUUUUCGAUACUGCUUUGUUUAGGUUUCAGUUUGGUCUCACCAGCUUGUUCGUGUUUCUUUUCCAUGGCUUUAUUUAAAGCAGCCUUGCAAGGGCAUCCAAUACUUGGAAGUGAAUUUCUGGGCACGAGAUCUAAUUUUUCAUGAUUAUAUAUAAUAAUUGCGAUUAUAAUGUGGGUGAUUCA